UCAUUGACGGCAGCAUUCCGGAGAAUGGAGAAGGCACAUCGACCUGUCUUUCAUCCUUUGGCAGCUGGGAAGCCCAUACGCGGGGCAUUGGCUCCAAACUUAUGGCCCAGAUGGGUUACGAGCUUGGUAAAGGCCUGGGCAAAAAUUCAGAGGGUCGGAUCGAGCCAGUAUUAGCCGUCGUGCUCCCCAAGGGGAAGUCGCUGGACCAAUGCGCGGAGAUCUUGCAGAAGAAGAGGGAGGGGAAGCUGGAUCCAUCCAAGCCCAGGAAACGGAGGGCGAAAGGGAAGACCGCGGCCCGACUCCGCCAGCAGAUCCCGAAACCCCGACGGAACGUGUUUGAUUUUCUAAACGAGAAGCUGCAGAGCCAGGACUCUGGGGGGCAGCCGGGAGGGACGCUGCCUCCGCUGGAGAGGAGCAGCAAGGAGAUCUACCACGCCAGCAAGAGCACCAAGAAGGCGCUGAACGUCCGCCUCUUCCAAACCGUGGAACAAAUCGAGCAGACUCAGAGGGACAUCCGAGGGAUUCGCGAGGCCUUGGCGCGCAACGUCGGGCGGCACACCAUCGCCACCGCGAAGCUGGAAGAGAAGCUGUCGGGCGCCCACAAGAAACUGGGUGAGCUGCAGGCUUUGGAAGCGAGUCUCCAGCAGGAGCAGAAGAAAGCGGACACGCACAAAAAAAUGACCGAGUUCUAGGUUUUUCUCCGUGUCACACAAAAAAAAGGAUAUUUCAGUUUCAAGAUGGCUGCCGAGGAGCUGCUGCAGUGGAAAGCAAUUCCUUUCUUCCGGCUUUCGUUUCCUCCCGUUGGACAAGCGGGCUGGAUUUGAACUGGGAGCUUCAGAGAAAUCUUCCCCCCAAAUAAUAGCCCCAGCAGAUUCAGAACUGACCUGAUUCAGGAUGGUUUUCGGUUAGGACAGCUUUAGAACCUGUGGACUUCAACUCCCAGAAUUCCUGAGCCAGCAACGCUGGCUCAGGAAUCCUAGAGUUGCCUAAUCCUAUGUUAUAUUCUGCCUCUCUCUUUGAUACUUGGUUUCUCCAGGAUUUCUCUAUGGUUGCUUGGGGACGGAUGGCCUCUUUCCCCCCCCAUUUUCGCAGACAGGAGCACUACUAUGGAGAACGGAGAAAAAAUAAAAUGAGAAAAACCCUC